AUGGAGCCUCGGUCUGUCGCCCAGGCUGUAGUGCAGUGGUGAAAUCUUGGCUCACUGCAAACUCUGCCUCCCAGGUUCAAGCAAUUCUUUUGCCUCAGCCCCCCGGGUAGUUAGGAUUACAGGCACCCGCCACCACAUCUGGCUAAUUUUUGUAUUUUUAGUAGAGAUGGGGUUUCACCAUGUUGGUCAGGCUGGUCUCAAACUCCUGACCUCGUGAUCCACCCGCCUCAGCCUCCCAAAGUGCUGGGAUUACAGUCGUAAGCCACUGCACCCAGCCAUAAGUUCUGAAUUAAACCUGUACAGCUUUCUUACCUGAUUUAAGAAAGGGAGACAAGAAAUAGGGGUGAAUGAGCUUCUUCGAAAUUCAUUCCAAGCACAAAAGAAAAAAUUUUCCAUUUGCAUAUAAACUUGACAUUAGUUGAUUCUGUUGGGGUUGGGUGGGUAUGCAGGGAUUGCCUUUUAUUAUCAAGUGAUUUAUUUCAAGAGCCUUUAAGGGGAGUCAGGUGAAGGAACCCCCAUCUGUGCUGGAGAGUUGGAUACUCCUUUAAAUAGCCCCACCACAGUCAUAACAAUAAUGAUAAUGCUGGAUUAUUUGUUUAGCCAAGGUUGUCUGCCUCAUAUCCAUCAUGCUGUUUGCAAUAUUCCUGCUUUCAAUCAAUUUAUACUGAGUGUAACUUUAGGAUUUCUGCUAUUAAAUGCGUGAUCCCGCUUCUGCUUCAGUUUCUGGCUUGGCUUUGUCUGUUUCAAAAUAUGUAGCUUCCUCUUUGGUACAACAAAAAACUCAUUUUCACUUUUAUUAAAUAUACUGUGUUAUCAUUGAUUUUAUUUUCUCUUUCUUAUGUAUCUGUAAAGAUUUUUGGCACAUAAAUGUAAUAUUAAAGUCAGUGAUGCUAUAACUUGCAAUGUUUGCAUCAUGUCCACCUUUUUUAAGGAGUGAAAAAGCCCUAGUAUGUUUUAAAGAAUAACAAGUGCAAGCUCAGUACUAGAGUGACUACACACACUGCAUGUUUUCAUAUGUGGCACUUUUAUGUACCGUGUUGGGUUACUGUUCUAGAUUGGACUGUUAAAUACUAUGUUCAAGCCUGGGUUGUCAUUUUUAUAACUGUCUUGGUGUUUUGCGGCCAUUAUUUAUUACUUUUGAUAUAGAGAAUGAGCUACGUGCAUUUAUAAAGCAAUAAGAGGAUGUAUUUAAUGUGCCUGGUUUUUAACUGAAUAAGAACCGGAAGUAUGAAUCAAUAAAACUGAUUAAAAUGGUCAAAAAAAAAAAAGCUGGUGAAGUGUUUAUGUUUUUCUUUAAAACACAUGCAGAACACACAUACGCGUGCUUGCAUGCACGCACACACACAACUCACACACACAAACCAGCCAAACAGUCCACCUAAAUGGGGCUGUGGUGGUGAGAGCUCUGGGCAAUGGAAUCUUACCAAACGUGCAGUGCUCUGUUUUGAAGACAGUGACACCCUUUUUGUUUAUUUCAGAUAUAAAACAAUGCAGGCUUUGUCCUGAAGAUCAUUAUCCAAACAAGAAAAGGGAACAUGCCUUCUCAAAUAGGAGACCUUCCUGGCCUAUGAUGAAUCUUUGGGCCUGACUCUGGCAUGCACAGCCUUGUUUUACUCUGCCCUCUCUGUUCUGAUCCUUGUGGAGUUUGUGUGGCACCAAAACACUCCCAUAGUCAAGGCCAGCAACCAGACUCUGAGCUACACCCUCCUUGUCUCCCUCACACUCUGCUUUCUCUCUUCCUUGCUCUUCAUCGGCCGCCCCAGCCCUGCCACCUGCUUCCUCUCACGGACCACUUUUGCAGCUAUGUUCACAGUGGCUGUGUUUUCUGCAGGGCCUUCCAGGCUAUAAGGCCAGAAAGCAGGAUCUGAAAGUGGAUGGGUCCCCAAAAAACACAUUCUGUUGUCUUCCUUUGCUCCUUUACCCAAGUGACCCUCUGUGGAAUCUGGCUGGGGACACAGCCUCCCUUCGUAGACAAGGACCCUCAGUCCAUGCCUGGCUACAUCAUUAUCCAGUGUAAUGAGGGCUCCGUCACUGCCUUCUACUCUGUCUUGGGCUAUUUAUUUGGGAUUCUUGGUUUUAGGGUCCCUUGCUGUAGCCUUUCUGGCAAGGAACCUGUCUGAUGCCUUCAACGAAGCCAAGUUCCUUACCUUCAGCAUGCUGGUGUCCUGCAGUGUCUGGGUGGCCUUCUUCCCAAGUUACUAAAGCACCCAGGGCAAGGCCAGAGUGGCCGUGAGAUCUUCUCCAUCAUGGGCUCCAGCGCUGGGUUACUUGGCUGCAUCUUUGCUCCCAAGUGCUAUGUGAUCCUCCUUCAUCUAGAAAGGAACACUAUUCCAUGUUUAAAGAAGCCUAGUUCAGGCAUGGUGGCUCACGCCUGUAAUCCCAGCACUCUGGAGGCCAAGGCGGCUGGAUCGCUUGAGUCCAGGAGUUCAAGACCAGCCUGGGCAAUGUGGCAAAACCCCAUCUCUACAAAAUAUACAGAAAUUAGCUGUAGGUGGUGGCACGCACCUGUAGUCCCAGCUACUCAGGAGGCGGAGGUGGGAGGAUUGCUUAAGCCUGGGAGGUCAAGGCUACAGUGAGCCAAGAUCACACCACUACACUCUAGCCUGGAAAACAAAGCAUGACUCUGUCUAAAUAAACAAAUAAGAAGCCUGAGAAACCGUAAACAGACCAAACAAUAAACAGGCUGAGAAGAGGAACUGUAAUGAUCAUUAGUGGCAGAGAAUUUGUAACCUGAUUGUGGAAAGCACAUCUGAAAACAAAGAUUGAAUGAACUAUUUGAAAAAAAAGGCAAUGAAAGACAGGAAAUUUACAGAGGCAAAACCUGAAUAUCCAGUGAAUAAUAAAGAUUCUGGCUGGCUCAAAGGUAGUGAGUUCUACCAAUGUAUUGUCCACAGUCAGUUACAGACCAAAUUCCUUGUUCUACUCUUUCCCCCCUCCUCACUAAUGCACUUGACUAGUCUUUAACGAAGAAAAAAAAAAAGAUGCUAAGCCUAAUAGUCAAAAAUUCAAAUUUAAAAAACCAUAAAAUAGUUAAUUACCUCUCACUACAAUGGCAAAAAUUACACAUCUGGAAUCACUAAGUGUUGACUGAGAUGCGGAGCACAAAGUGAAGGCAUUGGGUAGGGUGAGGUCUGUGAAGACGCUAGUAACUACUGACCGGGAUUUUAGCACCGAAAUCAACCUCAAAGUUCAGUUGCGCACCCCUUGGUUAUGUUACAUAUGGUGCAAUGCUGGGCCACAGAGCUUGCCCCAGGUCCCCAAGCAAAGUCAGUGGCAGUGCCUGAACUGGAAGUUCAUCCCCAUCCAUUUUCGCUUGCGGAAUCUCAGGGCUCAGUAAAGAACCAUGAUUGACGGAGGUCACAGCAACUGGUAUGACAGGGACAGGUUUCCGGAAUUCCAGUGUCUUAACACCAAGCCCUGUAGUAUUUCUCAGAAAGAACAAAACCACUGCUCUUGUGUGCUCAGAAGAAAGUUUAGUGGUCAUAAAAUCCAAUACAUCCAACUUGCAGAUCAACACACAAAGACCCUGGAGGAAGGGGCGGUAACUUGUCCAAAUCUCCAAAGAAAAGGUAAGAAUGGUGAUCAUCAAAGCCGCUGACACUUGGGUCAUUGUGUGCCGGCCAUUGCUCUGAGGUUCCCUUAAUUCUUACAACCACCACCUACAUUUUAACAUCAAAUUCUAACAUCAUCCUCACUUUACCUAUGCGGAAACUGAGACACAGAGCGUGUCUCUUGCCUGAGGCCCUGAAAUAGUAAGGGAGCACAGCAGGGGCACCAGACAUUAUUUCACAAAAAGGGAAACUGAGGCCCAGAGAGGGUGAAAGCUCUCCGGGACGAGUGGUAUAGGGUAGGUGGCCUCAAAGACAGAGCUUGGCUCAGAACCCACAGCCCCUUCAAAUCAGCUUUCUCCCCUCCCGUGGGCAGCUAUGAAGUCACAGGGGAACUGGGAGGGGCCGUUACCAUGGAGACUGGAAGCCCAUUCAGAGAACAGGGUGGAAACUGGAAGUCGCCCUCAUCUCCCAGGGCACCACUUUGGAGCCAGCAUUUUCGGCAUCGGAAAUGAGACCCAGAGCGCCUCGCGCGAGCAGCCCCAACCUCCCCGCAGGCGGCAUGCGACACCGCCCGGGUGACCCAGGCUCGGGGAUCUCUGGACUUCACGGACACAGAACGAAGGCAGACACGCCUCAAUGCGCGUGUGCAACUCUAUUCCGUCAUUUAAAGAAGGCCAUGUGGCCUCUUCACCAAUCGGAAUCCUGCUUUUUCCCUGGUCCCGCCUUAUUCCCAGACUUCCGGCGUCUCGCUGGCCGCAAAACAACCCUAAACUAGAGGGCUCGGCGACUCCCAGAGACUUCUGGGUAUUGUAGUCCUAAAGGUGCAGCGAGACAACAGGACCACGUUUUAGUAAAAAGCAGCUUAGAAUAAAAAUGCCUACACCAGUAAUGAUUCGGCGAGUUGGAAACACUUGUUAGAUGCUUUCACCCACUGUUAUUUGUAGGGAAGCAAGAGGGAAGGAGAAGGAAGGCAGCCGCAGAGGCUUCUGGGAAUUGUAGUUCAGCCCUCUCAGCAAGGGCUAGGAGCUGCGACCCCCGCCCCGGAUCCGGAAAUGGUCGCCGAGGCCUCUUAGCAGCCAAUGUGAAUGCGACAAGUCCCCGAUCCAGGCGUCCCGCUCUCCCCGGCCCCGCUCGCCAGGUCCUACCACGAUGCCUGACUCGUUUGCGGCUUUGGGACCGGUUGUAGGUGGCUUGACCGUCACUAGUAGACGUUUCUGAUUGUGUCGCGGUCACCAUGGGGAGGUUCCCUGCUCAAGCUCUCUUCUCUUGUCUGCCGCCAUGUGAGACGUGCCUUUGACCUUCUGCCAUGAUUGUGAGGCCUCCCCAGCCACGUGAAACUACUUCUGAACGAACAGUGAAUCUAUUACUGAGGAAAACCAGAGGAAGCCUGUGUAGAUAGGUAUCAAUUAGAUACCAACUACUGGAAGAGCUUUCUCAGAGACUGAUUAAAAAAUUCUCCACUAGAUAUGGCUGCAAAUUGCACAUCCUCAUGGCGUCUAGGAGAAUCCUGCAACAGACCUGGGUUGGAGCUGCCACGGUCUAUGGCAUCCUCAGAAACUCAACUUGGAAAUCACGACGUGGACCCUGAGAUUUCUCACGUGAACUUCAGGAUGUUCAGCUGCCCGAAGGAGUCGGACCCCAUCCAGGCUCUGAGGAAACUCACUGAGCUGUGCCAUCUUUGGCUGAGGCCCGACCUCCACACCAAAGAGCAGAUCCUGGACAUGCUGGUGAUGGAGCAGUUCAUGAUCUCCAUGCCCCAGGAGCUCCAGGUCUUAGUCAUGAUGAACGGUGUGCAGAGCUGCAAAGACCUGGAGGACCUGCUACGAAAUAACAGAAGACCCAAGAAAUGGUCUGUGGUCACCUUCCACGGAAAGGAAUAUAUUGUGCAGGAAUCAGAUGUCGAGAUGGCUGAAGCCCCCGCUAGUGUCAGAGAUGAUCCGAGAGACAUGUCCAGCCAGCAGGCCUCCUCUGUGAACCAGAUGUGUCCGGGGGAAGGCCAGGCCAGCCGAGAGCUGCAGACCCUGCCCAGGGUCCCUGCACUGUCCAGGAGGCAGGGAGAGGACUUUCUGCUACACAGGAGUAUUGACGUAAAAGGUGACCCAAAGUCUCCGGGACCCAAGCAGACCUUGGAGAAGGAUCUGAAGGAAAACAGGGAAGAGAACCCAGGACUGAUAUCCCCAGAGCCUCAGCUUCCAAAGAGUCCCACAGAUCUGGUGAGAACAAAGGAGGGGAAGGAACCCCCAAAAAUAGCCUCUGUGGAAAAUGCGGAUGCUGACACACCUUCUGCUUGCGUUGUGGAGAGAGAAGCUUCGACUCACAGCGGGAACAGAGGAGACGCUCUGAAUCUGAGAGGUCCCAAAAGAAGCAAACCAGAUGCCACCUCCAUUUCCCAAGAAGAGCCUGAAGGAGAAGCCACACCUGUGGGCAACAGAGAAUCCCCGGGACAAGCUGGGAUGAAUUCAAUUCAUUCCCCAGGCCCUGCGAGCCCAGUCAGUCACCCAGAUGGCCAAGAAGCCAAGGCACCGCCGCCCUUUGCAUGUGACGUGUGUGAGAAGAGGUUUACGUGUAAUUCCAAGCUAGUCAUCCACAAGAGAUCACACACAGGCGAGAGACUCUUUCAAUGUAAUCUCUGUGGGAAGCGCUUCAUGCAGCUUAUUAGCCUCCAGUUUCACCAGCGAACCCACACAGGCGAGAGGCCCUACACAUGUGACGUCUGCCAGAAGCAGUUCACCCAGAAGUCCUACUUGAAGUGUCACAAGAGAAGCCACACAGGGGAGAAGCCCUUCGAAUGUAAAGACUGCAAGAAAGUUUUCACCUACAGGGGGAGCCUGAAGGAGCACCAGCGCAUCCACUCCGGAGAGAAACCCUACAAAUGUUCCAAGUGUCCAAGAGCCUUCAGUCGUCUGAAAUUGUUAAGACGCCACCAGAAAACACAUCCAGAAGCUACUUCUCAGUGAUUGCAUAAUCCGAUCUAUGCCUUCUGCACCAAGAAGAAAUGAAUGAUAUUUUUCAUCAAUGUUAUCAGAUGACAUGUGACACAUGCAAGAACGCCUGGCACACAGAGAGAGUGCCCUAGAUAUGAAUUGCCAGGAUGUUUGAGUAAAUAUGUAUCCUCCCCACUGAGCUUUGUUUUCUGUUUCAUUAUGUCCAUUGUUUUCUUAUAGGUUUAUUUUGGUUUGUGUUGCUGUUCUUCCAGUAAACGAUCAUCUUAUUAGUUUUCAAUAUUGUAUAAUGAAAAACUGAGUUUCCUGAUUAACGUGGGGUUACCCACUGUUUUGCUGUAAAGUAAAAUUGUCCACGGAGGGUGGCCAUAUAAAAUACAUAAUGCCUGGUGAAAUUUGAGUUUCAGAUAAACAAUUUUCUUUAGUAUCAGUAUGUUCUAAAUUAUUCAUUAUUUAUCUGAAACUCAGCUUUUAUUGGGUAUCCUGUAGAGCUUUCGUUUUCUUUUUUCUUUCUUUUUUCUUUUUUUUUUUUGUUUUUUUUGUUUUUUUGAGAUCGUGUCUCCCUCUGUCACGCAGGCUGAGGUUCAGUGGCAUAAUCACCGCUCACUGCAGCCACGACCUUCCAGGCUCAAGCAAUCCUCCCAUCUAAGCCUCCCAAGCAGCUGAGACUACAGGAGCACGCCACCAACUUGGCUAAUUUUUGUGUUUUUUGUAGAGAUGGAGUUUUGACAUGUUGCCCAGGCUGGUCUUGAACUCCUAAGUACAAGUGAUCUACCUGCUUUGGCUUCUUUAAGUGCUGGCAUUACAGGCAUGAGCCACUGUACCCUGUAUCGUUUUUAUUAGACUUUAAUAUAAUUAUUAUAUUCAAAUUUUUUGAAAUAAUUUUUUGUAGUGAUGGGAUUUCUUGUUGCCCAGGCUGGUGUUGUGUGAGCCACCACGCCUGGCUCUAGACUUUCUUUUUCAGAGCUGUUUAGGUUCACAGGGAAAUUCAGUGGACAGCACAGAGUUCCCCUAGACUCCCUCCCCACACAGCACAGCCUCUCCCCACCCAGCAUCCCCAGCAGAGCGGUGCACCUGUUCCAUCAGUGAGCCUACCUGGACACAUCACCAGCACCCAGAGUCCAUGGUGUCCAUUAGGGCUCGCUCUGGGUGUUGUACAUCCUGUGGGUUUGGACAAAGGCCUCAUGAGUAUCCACCACUGGAGUAUCAUGGGGGAUAUUUUCACUGCCCCCCGAAUCCUCUCUGCUCUGCCUAUUUAUCUCCCUGCCCUAGAUGGUGUAUUUUGUGGCCUAAAUUUGGCAACCUCUAAAUUCCCGAUUUGACUCUUGAACUACAGAGGCAUUCAGAGUCUCUGGUGACUAGUUGGGCUUAGUGAUACUACCAUCCCCUGAAGGCGUGGUUAAUCCUCAGGUGGGUGGGCCCCAGACUCAGCUUCUGAUUGAGCAGACUGGGCAUGGGGCCUGAGAGUGUGCAUUAAAACAUAUAAUUCAUUUUAGAAUAGCUUUCUAAAGUCCAUAGAGCUCCCUAAUGCCCUACACAGCUUCCCCCACUGCCAACAUGGUCCAUUAGUAUGGCACCUUUGAACUGACUGGAGCAAUGAACUGACUGGAUAUAGUGCCGUGAUCUAAGGCCCAUACCUUAUUGAGGCCUCCUUAGUCUUUACACAAUGACCUCCUCUUCCUUCCUCCCCAUCCAGGACACCACAUUGCCUUGAGUUGUCACGUCUCCCUAGGAUCCUCUUGGUGACAAUUUCUCAGAUUUUACUUGUUUGGGAUCACCUGAGAAUGUGCAUUUUAGGUGGUGCUGAUGCUGCUGGUCUUGGGAGGACAUUUUAUGGAUGGCUGAUUGAGCUGACAGGCAAAGUCCUGCAAUUUUCAGAGGUCUGGAAAGGUCCCUUCCCAAAUAGGCUGGAUUCAUUUAUUAAAGACCACUUUUGUAA